AGUGACGAAUCAAAACAAACUUGUGGCGGCGACGGGAGGCGAGGAUCGUCAUUAUCUGUCUUAUUUUAGUCUAAUUUCGUCCUCCACCACCACAAGAUGACGACGGAAUCAUUACCCGUCAAUAAAGUGGUGGUCCACCCGCUAGUACUGUUAAGUGUAGUGGAUCAUUUUACCAGAAUGUCUAAAAUAGGAAGCACCAAGCGUGUUGUCGGGGUCCUAUUGGGGUCCUGGCGCUCUAAGGGAGUCCUCGACGUCUCUAACUCCUAUGCAGUUCCUUUUGAUGAAGAUGAGAAAGACAAGUCAGUUUGGUUCCUCGAUCACGACUACUUGGAGAAUAAAUAUAACAUGUUUAAAAAGGUAAAUGCCCGUGAAAAAAUCGUAGGGUGGUACCACACAGGACCAAAACUGUGCCAGAAUGAUAUUGCCAUUAAUGACUUGGUAAAGCGACACUGUGGUAACUCGGUCCUGGUGAUUAUUGAUGCCCAUGCUUCAAAUAUUGGACUCCCUACAGAAGCUUACUACAGUGUGGAAGAAGUCCAUGAUGACGGUACACCCACGACAAAGACGUUUGAACACGUGGCAAGUGAAAUUGGUGCCGAGGAAGCUGAAGAGGUCGGCGUAGAACAUUUAUUGAGGGACAUAAAGGACACUGUGGUAGGGUCCCUGGGGCAGCGGAUCACCACGCAACUCUUGGGUCUACGAGGUUUACACAAACAGCUCAGCGAAGUGGCCAACUACCUCCAACAAGUUGUGGAUGGCACUUUACCAGUUAACCAUACCAUAGUCUAUCAUCUCCAGGACAUGUUCAACCUGCUGCCAGAUGUGACAAACCCAGCACUAAUAAAGUCACUCUACGUCAAGACAAAUGACCAGAUGUUGGUAGUGUACUUGGCAUCCCUUAUCCGUUCAGUCAUCGCCCUCCACAACCUCAUCAACAACAAGUUGGCCAACACAGAUGCUGAGAAAAAGGAGGGAAAAGAUAAAGACAAGGAUAAGGACAAGGACAAGAAGGAUGGAGAUAAGGAGAAAAAAGAUGAUUCUAAAGAUGAUAAGAAGAGUGACGACAAGAAGUAGUAGUGGGGAUACAAGGUUUGUUAAAUAUUUAUUUGUGGAACUCUUUAUAAUGCUAAUGUGUGUCACGUAAUGGUAUCUAACUGGACUGAACAAAAGUAGGUCUUUACCAGUAUAAUAAAUGUGGAUAUUUCAUAAUGAAUUGUCAGCCUAAAUCCUUCGGGGAUGUGGAAUCGUGUGAAGACCUGUAUUGACGCACUACAGAGCCCUUGUACAGGUCACGCCUUCCUUUAACACAGGAAGUAGACCAAGAUAAAAUGGCGAAUUGUACGAGAAACUAAACUUUUCGUUGACUGAUGUACUGUUCAAAUCAAUUACACAAUUUGAAAACCUAUAAUUCUGGCUGUUUAGUGGGAGGUUAAAGCCUGGUG